CAAAGCUGCAGUGGGUGGGGGAGAACGCAUCUUGCUUAGCUCGGGAACGGCAGAGGGCUACGGUUCUGCAAAGGGGAAUUAGAAGCUGGAGGCGACCUACUCCCCAGAGACAAGUAAGAGAAGAGCUUAGAGGCAAGCCUGAACAUUACUACCAUGGCUUCUGAACCUCCUCAUGAAAAACAUGCUAAAACUCCACAUUUUCCACCAGAUAAGUAUCACCAGUUUUCUUUGCAGAGCCUGUUGUUUUGUCCGAAAUCGAAGGUCCACCACAUGCACCGAGGAGAGAUCUCAAAAAUCAUCCGUGAAUGUAAAGAAGAGAGUUUCUGGAAGAGAGCUCUCCCUUUUUCCUUGGUAGGGAUGCUUGUUACUCAAGGACUUGUCCACAAAGGUUAUUUAGCAUCAAACCCAAGAUUUGGAUCAUUGCCAAAAGUGGCACUUGCUGGCAUCUUGGGAUUUGGCUUGGGAAAGGUGUCAUACAUAGGAGCAUGCCAGAAUAAAUUUCACACCAUAGAAUUCGAACUUCGGGGGGCAGGUUUUGGUCCAGGCCACAACAGGCACUGCCUUUACACCUGUGAAGACUGCAAAAUAAAGCAUGAAUUGGGUCAGAAGAGUAGUUCACAGGCCUCUGCUUCCUAAACUGGUACCUGUGCCUUUAAAGCCAUCCCAGGCCUUUGCAUUUCAUGUUUCCUUUGCACUUCACAUAAGAUGUGUAUACCAGACCGGAAUGAAAUGUAUACUACUCUACACUUGUCGAUAGUCAUGUCUUACAUAUUUAAUCAUGAUAUUAAAUCUUAAUAUAGUGAGACUCUCAACUUAAGUAUAAAGCUUUUCAUGUGAGUGUUAUGGUUUUUCUUCUAUUUAAAAGCAUGUCGGACCAGAAUUUCCUGAGAUAGGAUCUUCUUGAGCUUUUCUUGAGUAACAUUAUCUGACUUCUGUCUGUCCCAUGUUGUUCCAGUGUUCAAGUACUCUGAUGAAAUGAGGAAGAAGGCGGGAUAUGGUUGUAUACAGAAAUGUACUGGGGUGAGGAUGGUAAUAAGGCAGUAACAGGAAAAGGGUGGGAGGUUCCUUCUAAAGCUUGACAGCCUGAAUUUUUUAUUUAAACCAGUGGGCAUGCUCUGUUUGGAAAACUAUAGUAUGAAUACAUUAUACUCUAGACACUUCACACGAUUUUAUGGCAAGAUACUAGGGUAGUAUUUUAUAACAACUUCUGUCCUUCCUGACUUGAACUUUUGGAAAUGUUUGUUCUCUUUGGGUAGCCUGCUUAAUGACUUUAUAUCCUAUCCAGCACUUGAGCAUCUAUCUAUCGUAGCAAACUUUUAUUUGUGGCACUGCUAAUGGACUGAGUUAAAAAUAAUUUCCAAAAUAUUUAAAUUUAUUUCCAAGGAAGUAGUUUAGGUCCUGGGAGAACUACUGAAAGAAUCGCUUGCUUCCUCUAAGCAUCUUUAGAUGCUACUGCUGGGUUCUUAGUUACGUACAGAAUAAACUAGCUUCUGAGAGGUAUUUUAGCUUAUGACCAGAGUCUCUUGGCUGUGAUUCUUCAUGAAAGAAAGGUUAAGUUUUUCAUGUUAGUAUCCAUAAUAAUGCAUCUUGAUAUCUUCACCACAAAGACAGAAAAAAUUUAUUCAGCUUUAAUGACCUGUUUAAUAAGGGUAUUUUAGAACAGAGGAAAAAAUGUUGAACAGAUAUUUUUUAAAAACAAGCCUCUUUAGACUGUAACCUGUUUUUCAGUAAAUAAAGCUCUCUAAAUCAGAA